CCCCACCAUCGCCCCUGCCUGUGAGAGCCGGAGCCUCCGUCGUCGUGUCCCCGCCGCCGCCUGUCUCUGCCCGCCAUCGCCGCCAUGAUCCCCGCCCGGGCCCCGUUCUCCGUCCGCAACGAGCAGCCCCGCCUGUCGCCCAUGAAGAACCUGGUCCUGACCGACAAGGAGAACACGCCCCCCGCGACCAGCGCCACGCGGGUCCUGGCCACCAAGGCCGCUCGGAAGAUCUUCCAGGAGGCGGACGCGAAGCCGUUGAAACCCAAAGCAGUGAUACAAGCUCCUAGCAAUCUGGAAGAUGAGCCACUCCUACGGGAGAAUCCCCACCGGUUUGUCAUGUUCCCCAUCCAGUACCAUGAUAUCUGGCAGAUGUACAAGAAAGCAGAGGCCUCCUUCUGGACAGCUGAAGAGGUUGAUCUUUCCAAAGAUAUUCAACACUGGGAGUCCCUGAAGCCCGAGGAGAAAUACUUCAUUUCACAUGUCCUAGCCUUCUUUGCAGCAAGUGAUGGCAUUGUAAAUGAGAAUUUGGUGGAGCGAUUCAGCCAAGAAGUACAGGUAACAGAAGCACGCUGUUUCUAUGGCUUCCAGAUUGCUAUGGAAAACAUACAUUCAGAAAUGUACAGUCUGCUCAUAGAUACUUACAUUAAAGAUCCAAAACAGAGGGAAUUUCUUUUCAAUGCCAUUGAAACAUUGCCAUGUGUUAAAAAGAAGGCUGACUGGGCCAUGCAGUGGAUUGGGGACAAACAAGCAACAUUUGGAGAACGUGUAGUAGCUUUUGCAGCAGUGGAAGGAAUUUUCUUCUCUGGCUCCUUUGCAUCCAUCUUUUGGUUGAAGAAGAGAGGGUUAAUGCCUGGACUCACUUUUUCUAAUGAACUCAUCAGCAGAGAUGAGGGUUUGCACUGCGAUUUUGCCUGCCUAAUGUUCAAGCACUUGAUUCACAAACCAUCUGAGGAAAGAGUAAGAGACGUCAUUACCAAUGCUGUCAGGAUAGAGCAGGAAUUCUUGACAGAGGCGCUACCUGUAAAGCUGAUUGGCAUGAAUUGCACUUUAAUGAAACAGUACAUCGAAUUUGUAGCAGACCGACUUAUGCUGGAGCUGGGAUUUAGCAAGAUAUUCAAAGCAGAGAAUCCAUUUGACUUUAUGGAGAAUAUCUCGCUGGAAGGCAAGACUAACUUCUUUGAGAAGCGAGUAGGAGAAUACCAGAAGAUGGGAGUAAUGUCAAAAUCCACAGAUAACUCUUUCACUUUGGAUGCAGACUUUUAAAUGAACUGAGACCACUUAAGAUAUGAUGCGCAUGCUGUUUGAACGAAACAUUUGCUUUCAAUAUGAAUUCACAUUGAGACUUGAUUAUACUAAAAUCCCACUCUUGAACAGUGUGGGGUAUGGUACUGUUCUGAAGAGGCUAGUAUAGCUACAGCAGUAAAAUUCUUUCAUUAGAUAUUGCCAAUGGUGUUAAUUCAUAGAAUGCUUAGCUGGAAUAACUCGUGUUAUAAAAUCAUUUCCUGAAAAAUCCUCAAUUCUUGAAGUGAUCUCAAAUGCCAUCCCUUGCAACAGGGAGGUUGUACACAGAUAUCACUAGCUUCUGGAAUUUCUAUAACAAAGCUGGAAGUGCUUGAGAAAUGAGAGUCGUAAAAUCAAUUUGAGAGAAUUGGAUCUCGGAUACUGCAGGGGAAGCUACAUGACCUCACUGCUUCUAAGCAGGUUUUAAGUUUACUUUUUACUAUUUGUAAUAGUUUGUACAUAAACCUGGCACUUUAAUAUUAAAAUAAAGAACUCUGACUUGUAGUAUUCUUGGUAACACGAAUAUUGAAACUUGAGUUUAUACUAAACAUUUAGACACAGCAUUGCAUGAUAAACCUUUUUGUUUUUAUGCUUAUUUACUUGUAUGUAACUUAAAAUGAUAAAGCUUUGAAUCAGACCUGCUGGUGAUCCUGACAGAUCUGUAAAACUUCUGGCAAAGUGUAAAAAUACAAACUGUAUGGAAGUUGAGAAGCUUAUUAAAAGUCCAGUGUUCUAGAUACUGGAAAAAAAUA